AUGGAAUACACCUCUGUUGAUGACGCCUUGAAUCAUCUGGUCCGCCUCCAGAGCACCAGUGGCCUGACUUUGUCGACGAAAUCCCAUCUCCAGGAGCUUAAACUGGAGCUGGAAUUCCUGAGAACUUUUCUCAGCUGCCUGGAUUACAGCAACUUGGAAGAUCUCUUAAAAGAGAUUGAAAAGGUGUCCAGAAAUGCAGGCAGACGCCUACAAUCCAUUCGUUCCAAACAGAUCGAAGACAUAGCCAAAGAUGUGAAUAAUUUGGCUCCAAUAGUAAAAAAGGAAAUAGCAACUCUCAAGCCAAAGAUCAUUGAUGCAGUCUCUGAGUUUCCUCCUCCUAUGCUGGUGAUAGAAUUUAUCGACUCUCUUGUUGAGAAUCUGAUCAGCUAUCAGAGCCAAUCCUCUCUUCCUGCAGCGAAAGAACUCGGAGAACUUGAAACUAAGCUAAGGUUUUUGAGAAACUUUCUCAAAUUUGCAGAUACACGAUGUACCGAGCGUGAGAAGCUCAAACAUCUCUUUACUCAUGCUGAAGAGGUAGCUCUUGAAGCUGCAUGUUUUUCUUUCAUGUGUUCUUCGGACAUAGACAAGCUUGCUCAUGAAGCUGCACGUCCUUUCAUGUGUUCUUCGGAUAUAAACAAGCUUGCUCAACUACAGCAAAAAAUAAAGCCUGACAGACUGGAGAUCAGAUGGGUUUAUGUGGGUGUUGUCCAAGCAUUGAAGCCGCUAGCAACUGAGACUCAAAUUUCAGAUGUGGAUCUAGCAAGCUUCAUACAGACUCUCCAAGAUCAUGUGAAAGAGGUACUAAGAAACCCGCCAAAAUGGAUGGCUUCAUUGAAGGCCGAUAUCGAAGCUCUCUGUGAGGAUCUCACGUUCCUCAGCUCCUAUGUUAAGGACCCUCCAAUGGGGUUCAAUGAGAAUGGGAAGUGGAACGACCUGAUAAAUGUUUCACUUAAAGAUCUUCAAGGAAAACUGGGGAACUGGAGUUCUUUUGAUGCAAAUCCCCUGAGGCACUAUACUGAACUUUCGAAAUUGAAAGGCCAGUUGACCCGUAUUGAAGAUGUGGCUAUUAAAGUUGGUUGUGCCAUCUUUUCAUACUUUUAUGUGGAUGACAUUCAGCCUGUGAAAGGAAAAAUUGUAGUUGAUGAUUUAGUCGAAAAGAUAAAGCAGAUUAAGGAAGAGGUCCAAGUUCCUUUGUUCACACUGCCUGAUGUUAAUGUCUCAAGGUUAGAUGACCUGGGGUUUAUCAGAUCUCUCUUAAGAAACCUGACGGAGCUACUCGACAGGCAAGCAGGUCCAAUCACUUCCCUGAAGCAUCAAGUUCAGCUAAUAUUUGACAACCUAGAGCCCCUAAGUGUUUUUCUGACCAAUCAUGAAGAGAGGCGCCAUAAGAAUGAGGCACUGAAAACAUUUGCAACUGAUAUACUAUUUGUUGCACACCGAGCUGAAUAUGUCAUUGACUCGUUAUUAGUCAGAGAUGGACCUGUAUGGUACCAUUUGCUUUGUGUUUCUGAUAUCACUGGAGAGAUGAAGAGAAUCAGGAGGGAGGUUGAGGGGUUUAAAGAAGAGAAAAUCUCUGAUGCCAAGACAGAGAACUCAGGUGCAGAGGAAGACAGAGACACACCAACGACAGUAGAUUCUAAGCCAACAGAUGUGGCCAAUGAACUGGUCGUGGGAUUAGAGGAUGAUAUAGUCUAUUUGAGACAGCAGCUGACUAGAGGAUCAAAGGCGUUGAGUGUUAUAGCUAUUGUUGGCAUGCCUGGAGUUGGUAAGACAACUCUAGCUAAAACAGUCUACAAUGAUCCCAGCAUUAUCAGCCACUUUGAUAUUCGUGUAUUUCUUCAUAUAUCCCAAAAAUAUGAGAGUCGGCAAUUACUAAUUCAGAUUUUACGUGAUAUCACCGGACAGAAUGACACACUUGAUAAAAGGAGUUUUUCUGAUUUGUCUGAAAUGCUACACAAGCUUCUAAAAUGGAAGAGGUUCCUCAUUUUGAUGGACGAUGUAUGGGAUGUUGAAGCAUGGCAUGGUUUGAGUGCAUCCGUUUCUGAUGAUAACUAUGGAAGUAAGAUUCUCUUGACAACUAGAUCAGAUAGUGUGGCUAAGAAUAUUGAUGUAGGACGUGGAGAACUCCUCAUACAUCAUGUUCAAUGUCUUACAUCAAAUAAAGCCUUGGAAUUAUUGGCAAAGAAGAUAUUUCAAGAAGAACAUGUUCCUCUACAACUCGAAACAGUCGCGAUGAAAAUAGCCGAGAAAGCGCAUGGCCUACCUCUUGUCAUAGGUAUGAUUGCUGGUAUGCUUGCUAAAGAGAAAACAGUUGAGUUUUGGGAACAAGCGCUGGAAAAUCUCCAGCAUAGUAAGAAUCAAAAUGCUUCCAGCGUUAUUGGAAUGAGUUACGAGAAUUUACUAGAUUGUCUGAGGCCAUGCUUUCUCUAUUUUGGAGCAUUGCCACCGGAGGCUGAAAUUCCAACAUCCAAGUUGAUCAGGUUGUGGAUUGCAGAAGGAUUUAUACAACAAACUGAAGGAAAUAGCUUAGAGGAUGUGGCAAUGGAUUACCUAAUGCUCCUAAUUGAGAGGAAUCUUAUUAUGGUGGCUAGAAAGAGCUCACGCGGUCGGGUGAAAUCAUGUUACAUCCAUGAUCUGAUACAAGAUUUUUGUUUAGCUAAAGGCAAACUCGAAAAUUUUUAUCAGCUGAUGGGAAGUUAUAGCGGAGUCUCAACUCCCCUGGAUGGUUUUAAGUGCGAGCAUCGCCGGCUGUUUAUUUCUUCUUUUUGGGACGAUCACAAUACAUCAAGAGUUUCUGGACCACUUGUCCGAAGCCUGGUGCUAAAUGGCAGUACUUCAGAAUUUUCCAUGUUUGCUUGUGAUGUCUCAUCUGUGUCUCAGAACUUUAAACUUGUUAGAGUUUUGGAUUUAGCAUGUAUAAAUGUCGGUAACACUUUUCCUGCUGGUCUAGAAAAGAUGACUCUGUUGAGGUACUUGGCAAUCAGAGGAGAAAUGAACGAUAUCCCGUCUUCAAUUGGCAGCCUCCAGCAAUUGGAAACUUUUGUUACAAUAGGAUUAAGUGGAGAAAUUACAAUACCUAAUGCUAUUUGGAGUCUGACAAAUUUGAGGCAUUUGCAUAUAACUGAUCGUGCUUCUUUUGCCCCCCCUGACAACAGAAGAAAAUUUUCAGACAAGUUGCCAAAUCUGAGAACAAUGUCGACCCCUUUUCUGAGUUAUGGGGAAGAUUCGGAGGAGAUAGUUAGAAGGUUAGCAAGUCUUGAGAAACUGAAAUGCAUCAUUUUGGAAUCAUGGGACACUUUUACCAAAAAGAACAUGUUUCCCAGACUGGACUUUCUACAGCAACUUGUCUCUCUCAAGCUGUUUUACUAUGGUAGAGUACGAAAGACGUGUGAGUUCAAUUUUCCUUGGAACCUCAGAAAGUUGACCCUAUCACGGUUUUGUCUGCCAUGGGAUCAAAUAUCAAUUAUUGGGGAACUUCCCAAUCUUGAGGUCCUGAAAUUACUGACUAAAGCCUUUGAGGGUAGUCUAUGGGAGGUACGAGAUGUUCAGUUUCUCACUCUUAAGUUGUUGAUAUUAGAUACACUAGACCUGGAGGAAUGGCACUUUUCCGAUAAGGCGUUGCCCUGCCUUGAGCGACUGGAGUUGCAGAAAUGUAAGAAACUAAAGAAGAUCCCAUUUAGUAUUGGUGACAUUCCAACACUAAAGGAGAUUGAGGUGAAAUGGUGCAACCAAUCCAUUGAAGAGUUAGCCCUGAACAUUCAGAAUGAACAAGAAGAAAAUGGGAAUUACAUGUUCAAGGUCAUCAUCCAUAAGACAGAUGACCGCGUUGCCACUGCAAACUAA